AUGUCUGGUUCUGGUAUGGUCUGUUGCUCAAUUCAGCUGCUUUGCAUUGACUCAUUUCAUUUGGAGGUUUUCACUUGUUUCCUACUCUAUACACAGCAGGCUACUAAACAGCUGUUCCCUCAUAUUUUCUUAUCAUUUGGCUCAGUAGUUCUAGUUUACUUUGUCAUUAAUGUAUAAACAGACAGAUGUUUUCUAUGGAUCAAAUUACUUCAGCUGUAGUAAUUGUUAAUCAUUUUGGAAUGCGACAUCUCAUGCUCAGUUGGAGGCGGUGGCUUAGCACACAUGUAGGUGGCAGUGGGCAUUGCAAGGCGGAUCACUUAGCAGCUGGUAUGUGUGUGUGUGUGUGUGCUUGCAUUUCUUUGUGUGUGAGGCUGAAGAUCAGCGAACGAGGGUCAAGCUGAGAGAACUCACACUCAAUGACAGUUUCUUCAGAAAGUAUUCCUACUCCUUGAGUUAUUCCAUAUUUUGUUGUGUUACAGCCUGAUUUCAAAAUGGAUUAAAUAUAUGUUUUUUUUCUCACGCAUCUGCGCACAAUACCCCACAAUGUGAAACAUGUUUUUAUAAAUGUUUGCACAUUUAUUGAAAAUGAAAUACAUAAAUAUCUCAUUUACAUAAGUAUUCACACCCCUGAGUCAAUACUUUGUAGAAGCACCUUUGGCAACGAUUACAGCUGUGAGUCUUUCUGGGUAAGUCUCUAAGAGCUUUCCACACCUGGAUUGUGCAACAUUUGCCAAUUUUUCUUUUCAGAAUUCUUCAAUUCUUCUGUCAAACCAUUUUCAGGUUUCGCCAUACAUUUUCAAGUAGAGUUAAGUCAAAACUGUAACUCGGCCACUCACUGUCUUCUUGGUAAGCAGCUCUAAUGUUAAUUUGGCCUUGUGUUUUAGGUUAUUGUCCUGUUGAAAGUUGAGUUCAUCUCCCAGUGUCUGAAGCAGACUGAACCUGAUUUUCCUCUAGGAUUUUGCCUGUGCUCUAUUCCUUUUCUUUUUUAUCCUGAAAAACUCCCCAGUCCAUAAUGAUUACAAGCAUACCCAUAAGAUGAUGCAGCCACCACUAUGCUUGAAAAUAUGGAAAGUGGAACUCAGUAAUGUGUUGAAUUGGAUUUGCCCAAAACAUAACACUUUGUAUUCCACAUUUUUUGCAGUAUUACUUUAGUGCCUUGUUGAAAACAGGUGCAUGUUUUGGAAUAUUUGUAUUAUAUACCGGCUUCCUUCUUUUCACUCUGUCAAUUAGGUUAGUAUUGUGGAGUAACUACAAUGUUGUUGAUACAUCCUCAGUUUUCUCCUAUCACUGCCAUUAAACUAUGUUUUAAAGCCACCAUUGGCCUCAUGGUGAAAUCCCUGAGGGGUUUCCUUCCUCUCCGGCAACUGAGUUAGGAAGGACUCAUGUAUCUUUGUAGUGAAUGGGUGUAUUGAUACACCAUCCAAAGUGUAAUUAAUAACUUGACCAAGGGAUGUUCAAUGUCUGCUUUUUUUAUUUAUACCCAUCAACCAAUAGGUGGCCUUCUUUGCAAGGUAAUGGAAAAAAUCCCUGGUCUUUGUGGUUGAAUCUGUGUUUGAAAUUCACUGCUCAACUGAGGGACCUUACAGAUAAUUGCAUGUGUGGGAUACAGCAACAAGAUAGACAUUCAAAAAUCAUGUUAAACACUAUUAUUGCACACAUAUUGAGUCCGUGAGUUCUUGCAUCCAUGGCGCUGUCUAUGAAUUUAAGUGUGGUAACAUUUAUUUUGCCCCAUCUCUCAGCUCUUUACCAAAACGUUGAAAGAGUGGUGCUUUGUUUUUGUUUAAACAGCAGAUUGCCCCUUUAACUUACACGUACAGUAUAGCGGUAAUAUUAGUGUCACUUACACCAAGGACAUCCUGUGCAUUGUAGCAUGCCACUAUGUUAUCUUAAAAGGGGUUUUGACACAGUCCAUGUGUCAAGAGUGACAUAUGUAAAAAAUGCUUUUGAACCGCUUAAUAUCAAUCUCUGCUAUGUGUAAACUGUAUGAGUGUGUUUGUGUUUUUGUGUGUGUGUUUGCGAGUAUACACGUGCCUGUGUCUACAAUACAUAGCCUAUGCUAUUUGUGUAUCAGUGCAGCUUUGCUCACUCUCCCCAUUCACACCUGAUUGAUGGGUGCUAAAGGGUCCAGGGUGUGAAACUGCAGGGGUCGACAGUGGUUGCCAAACCCAAGCCACUGACACAUCCAAUUGGACACAGAGUUUGAUCCACCGUGUCUGUAAUAGAGGAAAAUCUUACUUCUUACACAACCUCUUAUACAAGACUUCUGGUCUUGAAAAGUCUAAGUAUUGGAUUGUUUCUUACAGCAUGGGUUUUUUUAGUGGAUUGAGGACACUCAUUACUUUUCUGUUCAGGCUAUUACUGCUUAUUGCGUGGAACAUAUCAUGUUUAUUGGAUUAUUUUAAAGAUCAAACAAAAUUAAACCUAGUCUUGGUUGGACUUCAGUACAGAACAACUUAAGUGCUUAUUGAUUAGUAUUUUUUCACUAAUCUUUAGAUUUUCCUCCCACUAACUUCAAAGCCUUUGGUAAACCUUAGCUCCUGUACUGUAAUUAUCCUGGGAUUUACUAUAUUGGUCCAAAGUCUAAGAUAUCGUGAGUCUAGACAGUCAGUUAUGAGUCAUCAAGGCUUACACCUUAUGAAAGGUAUUAUCUUUAAUAUAUCUUCAAUAUCUACAAAACUCACGCAAAGGCACUGACUGCCCUUGGCGCCUGGCCUCUCAAUUAGAGAAAAUUGUCUAUAUUAACUUUGAAUUGCAUACCUAUUGUUUGAAACAUAACCAUAUAAAAUCUAGUGAAGUACAAUUCCAUCUACAGACCUUCCCAUAGCUUCUGGGAUUUUCAGUGUCAGCCCUGUCUGGUAGCAUGGUUCUGGGAUGCUGCAGAGUGUCUUUUGAUAUUUGGAAUAAAAGUGGGCUGGUCACACUGUGAUGUCUGGAAUAGAUUAUAUGCUCAGGAGGUGAGGUGGUCAGUGGAGAAUGACCCUGUCUUUAAGUGAGUGCACUAUUAGAAAAAAAGGUGAUAAGUAGAACCAUACAGGGUUCUUUGGUUUGUCCCCAUAGGGGAACCCUUUUUGGUGCUGGUUAGAACCCUUUGCAAACGGUUCUAUCUAGAACCCUCUAUGUAGGGUUCUUCAAUGAACCCCCUGUAUAUGGUUAUACCUAGAACCCUCUAUGAAGAGUUCUGCCUAGAACCCUCUAAGAAGGGUUCUACUGAGAACCCUUUUAUAUUUGGAGGGUUCUUCCUAGAACCCUCUAUGAACGGUUCCACCAGCCUGAUUUGCCUUUAAAAUGUCAUUAUUUAUGACAAUACAUUACAUACACUGAGUAUACCAAACAUUAGGAACACCUUCCUAAUAUUGAGUUGCACACACCGAGGUCGGGGCAUGGACUCUACAAGGUGUCGAAAGUGUUCCACAGGGAUGCUGGCCCAUGUUGACUCCAAUGCUUCCCACAGUUGUGUCAAGUUGGCUGGAUGUCCUUUGGGUGGUGGACCAUUCUUGAUACACACAGGAAACUGUUGAGCGUGAAAAACCCAUCAGUGUUGCAGUUCUUGACACAAACCGGUGUGCCUGGCACCUACUACCAUACACUGUUCAAAGGCACUUAAAUCUUUUGUCUUGCCCAUUCACCCUCUGAAUGGAACACAUACACAAUCCAUGUCUCAAUUGUCUCAAGGCUUAAAAAUCCUUCUUUAACCUGUCUCCUCUUUAUCUGCACUGAUUGAAAUUGAUUUAACAAGUGACAUCAAUAAGGGAUCAUAGCUUUAAUCUGGAUUUACCUAGUCAUUCUAUGUCAUGGAAAAAGCAGGUGAUAUUAAUGUUGUGUAUACUCAGUGUAUAUCAUAAUGCCUGUCUUUGAUGGCCUAGUUAUACCCUAACACAGUGGUGUUAGGGACCUUCUGUUUUACUGGCCACAUCAGGCCUGCAAAUCACAUUAUGCUGGCUUGCAAAGUGAUGUGUAAUUCCUAUUGGAAUCCAACCAGAGUUAGGAUAUCCAACAAUUAGAAUUGUUAAUCACCCACAACCUGCAUUCAGAAUGAGUGCCAGGGUAGGGAAGAAUGAAUACUGAGACUACCUCAAUCAUCUAAACUGGAACAACCAUUUCAGUAACGGGUGCAUUAAAUCCAAUUACUAACAGAUUGGAUUAGUUUAGAAAACUGUAUGUUAUUUGUCUUUGUGUAGCAUAACAUGAAUCAACCAAUCAAUGUACAUGCAAAAACACAGAUAUUACAGUAAAACAAAUUCUGAAAAUCUCCCUGCAAUAGAGCAUGCUGGGAAAUAUUAUAUACAGUUGAAGUCGGAAGUUUACAUACACCUUAGCCAAAUACAUGUAAACUCAGAUUUUCACAAUUCCUGACAUUUAAUCCUAGUAAUAAUUCCCUGUUUUUGGUCAGUUAGGAUCACCACUUUAUUUUAAGAAUGUGAAAUGUCAGAAUAAUAGUAGAGAGAAAGAUUUAUUUCAGCUUUUAUUUAUUUCAUCACAUUCCCAGUGGGUCAGAAGUUUACAUACACUCAAUUAGUAUUUGGUAGCAUUGCCCUUAAAUUGUUUAACUUGGGUCAAACAUUACGGGUAGCCUUCCACAAGCUUCCCACAAUAAGUUGGGUGAAUUUUGGCCCAUUCCUCCUGACAGAGCUGGUGUAACUGAGUCAGGUUUGUAGGCCUCCUUGCUCACACACGCUUUUUCAGUUCUGCCCACACAUUUUCUAUAGGAUUGAGGUCAGGGCUUUGUGAUGGCCACUCCAAUACCUUGACUUUGUUGUCCUUAAGCCUUUUUGCCACAACUUUGGAAGUAUGCUUGGGGUCAUUGUCCAUUUGGAAGACUCAUUUGCGACCAAGCUUUAACUUCCUGACUGAUGUCUUGAGAUGUUGCUUCAAUAUAUCCACAUAAUUUUCCUUCCUCAUGAUGCCAUCUAUUUUGUGAAGUAAACCAGUCCCUCCUGCAGCAAAGCACCCCCACAUCAUGAUGCUGCCACCCCCGUGCUUCACGGUUGGGAUGGUGUUCUUCGGCUUGCAAGCUUUCCCCUUUUUCCUCCAAACAUAACGAUGGUCAUUAUGGCCAAACAGUUCUAUAUUUGUUUCAUCAGACCAGAGGACAUUUCUCCAAAAAGUACGAUCUUUGUCCCCAUGUGCAGUUGCAAACCAUAGUCUGGCUUUUUUAUGGCGGUUUUGGAGCAGUGGCUUCUUCCUUGCUGAGCGGCCUUUCAGGUUAUGUCGAUAUAGGACUUGUUUUACUGUGGAUAUAGAUACUUUUGUACCUGUUUCCUCCAGCAACUUCACAAGGUCCUUUACUGUUGUUCUGGGAUUGAUUUUCACUUUUCACACCAAAGUACGUUCAUCUCUAGGAGACAGAACGCGUCUCCUUCCUGAGCGGUAUGAUGGCUGCGUGGUCCAAUGGUGUUUAUACUUGCGUAGUAUUGUUUGGACAGAUGAACGUGGUACCUUCAGGCAUUUGGAAAUUGCUCCCAAGGAUGAACCAGACUUGUGGAGGUCAAAAAUAAAAAUUCUGAGGUCUUUGGUGAUUUCUUUUGAUUUUCCCAUGAUGUCAAGCAAAGAGGCACUGAGUUUGAAGGUAGGCCUUGAAAUACAUCCACAGGUAAACUUCCAAUUGACUCAAAUGAUGUCAAUUAGCCUAUCAGAAGCUUCUAAAGCCAUGACAUCAUUUUCUGGAAUUUUCCAAGCUGUUUAAAGGCACAGUCAAUUUAACGUAUGUAAACUUCUGACCCACUGGAAUUGUGAUACAGUGAAUUAUAAGUGAAAUAAUCUGUCUGUAAACAAUUGUUGGAAAAAUUACUUGUGUCAUGCACAAAGUAGAUGUCCUAACCGACUUCCCAAAACGAUAAUUUGUUAACAAGAAAUGUGUGGAGUGGUUGAAAAACAAGUUUUAAUGACUCCAACCUAAGUGUAUGUAAACUUCCGACUUCAACUGUAUGGUUCUAUGUAGAACCCUUCUUCCCUUCCAAAUAAUCAUUAUUGCCUUCCAAAGAAUCAUCAAAGAACCCUUUCUUCCAAAAAUGGUUCUUAUGAUGUUAAAGGUUCUAGGUAGAACACUUUGCCUUGUAAAGAACCCAUGUCUUCCAAAAAGGGUACUUCUGAUCAAAACGGUUCUUGUAGAACCCCAUCCUUCCGCAAAUAACCCUUUUGGAACCCUUUUUUCUAAGAGUGUGGAGAGAAACCAAUAGGUGGAACGUUUCUGUAGAAUUUGUUUUAUCAAGGCCUCUCACCCCUUGCAGAAGUUUACUUUAUCUUGUGUGAGCGUGUCAACAUGACCUCUUUCCUUUGUGAGUUUUGUAAGUAUUAGCUUGAGAGAGUAAGUGACUAAGUGCUUUAUGUUUGGGCUGGUGUUAAGGUGGUGCUAGUGUCAAAUGCAUGUUAGUUUGCUAUUUCGCAAUGUAAAAACUGUUGCACUGGCAUUUUCCAGCCCUAACGCCAGGUUCAGAAAUUUACCUGUCUAACAUCAGCAUGCUUGGGCUCAGAUGGGAGGGGUGGAAAUAUUUGAAUCCGUAAAAACAUGAUACAAAGUGCUAAUUUCAGACAGUGAUGGUAGGGAUAUUUAAGACCAACCAAAAGUUGGUUUUAGCGGUAGUUGGUUGUGGAAUUAAUUUUGAUGAUGGAAACACAGCCUAUCCAGCCUUGACACACACUGCCCAUUAUGCACAUGGAACAAGAUGUGCUUUUGGUGCCUGUAUACUUCGUAUUUAGAAACAUAAAACAGUAAUGUUUUCUUUUUGUCCUGCUCGAUGUAAUGAAGUAGGCUAGUCAAGACCGUUGAUAAAGUGUUUGGCUCGUGAGACCACUUGGAAAUAAAUCUUAAUCACCAAAGCUUUAUUAAAAGAUCACAUUUGAGAGGAGCUAAACAGUGAGCUGACAUUCCCUUUUUAUAUAUCUAUUGUAGGCAGGCCUACAUUAUUUUUGCCAUGCUUUGGACGUGCGUAAAACCCCCUCCAUGAUGUAGGCUACAUGUGUCCAUGCCCAUCAUGAAACAAGAGAACCUCUGUGUUUUCAGUUACUAAAUAUGAUUUCCUUUUAGAGAGGUGUGUUUUCUAUUACACUUUGCAGAAGCUUGAUUUGUUUGCCAUGUGUGUUUGACUCCUGAGUGAGUUUUUGAGUCAUAAUGUUUGUUGUCUUCCCAAGUUUUACUUUGUACUUACUGUUGAUUUUUCCCCCAGUAAAGUAUUUACAGUGGGGGAAAAAAGUAUUUAGUCAGCCACCAAUUGUGCAAGUUCUCCCACUUAAAAAGAUGAGAGAGGCCUGUAAUUUUCAUCAUAGGUACACGUCAACUAUGACAGACAAAAUGAAAAAAUAAAUUCCAGAAAAUCACAUUGUAGGAUUUUUAAUACAUUUAUUUGCAAAUUAUGGUGGAAAAUAAGUAUUUGGUCAAUAACAAAAGUUUCUCAAUACUUUGUUAUAUACCCUUUGUUGGCAAUGACACAGGUCAAACAUUUUCUGUAAGUCUUCACAAGGUUUUCACACACUGUUGCUGGUAUUUUGGCCCAUUCCUCCAUGCAGAUCUCCUCCAGAGUAGUGAUGUUUUGGGGCUGUCGCUGGGCAACACGGACUUUCAACUCCCUCCAAAGAUUUUCUAUGGGGUUGGGAUCUGGAGACUGGCUAGGCCUCUCCAGGACCUUGAAAUGCUUCUUACGAAGCCACUCCUUCGUUGCCCGAGCGGUGUGUUUGGGAUCAUUGUCAUUGUCAAGACCCAGCCAUGUUUCAUCUUCAAUGCCCUUGCUGAUGGAAGGAGGUUUUCACUCAAAAUCUCACGAUACAUGGCCCCAUUCAUUCUUUCCUUUACACGGAUCAGUCGUCCUGGUCCCUUUGCAGAAAAACAGCCGCAAAGCAUGAUGUUUCCACCCCCAUGCUUCACAGUAGGUAUGAUGUUCUUUGGAUGCAACUCAGUAUUCUUUGUCCUCCAAACACGACGAGUUGAGUUUUUACCAAAAAGUUCUAUAUUGGUUUCAUCUGACCAUAUGACAUUCUCCCAAUCCUCUUCUGGAUCAUCCAAAUGCACUCUAGCAAACUUCAGAUGGGCCUGGACAUGUACUAGCUUAAGCAGGGGGACACGUCUGGCACUGCAGGAUUUGAGUCCCUGGCGGCGUAGUGUGUUACUGAUGGUAGGUUUUGUUAUUUGUGGUUCUGGGAUUUUUGCUCACCGUUCUUGUGAUAAUUUUGACCCCACGGGGUGAGAUCUUGCGUGGAGCCCCAGAUCGAGGGAGAUUAUCAGUGGUCUUGUAUGUCUUCCAUUUCCUAAUAAUUGCUCUCACAGUUGAUUUCAUCAAACCAAGCUGCUUACCUAUUGCAGAUUCAGUCUUCCCAGCCUGGUGCAGGUCUACAAUUUUGUUUCUGGUGUCCUUUGACAGCUCUUUGGUCUUGGCCAUAGUGGAGUUUGGAGUGUGACUGUUUGAGGUUGUGGACAGGUGUCUUUUAUACUGAUAACAAGUUCAAACAGGUGCCAUUAAUACAGGUAACGAGUGGAGGACAGAGGAGCCUCUUAAAGAAGAAGUUACAGGUCUGUGAGAGCCAGAAAUCUUGCUUGUUUGUAGGUGACCAAAUACUUAUUUUCCACCAUAAUUUGCAAAUAAAUUCAUUAAAAAUCCUACAAUGUGAUUGUCUGGAUAUUUUUUUCUCAAUUUGUCUGUCAUAGUUGACGUGUACCUAUAAUGAAAAUGACAGGCCUCUCUCAUAUUUUUAAGUGGGAGAACUUGCACAAUUGGUGGCUGACUAAAUACUUUUCUUCCCCACUGUAGGUUUAUUCUAAACCACUGGUUCCUCGUCUGGUUCUCUUCUCUGCUUAUCACAACUUCCUCCGAAGCUGCCUCCUCUCCUUGUUCGGGCAGGCUUCGGCGUUCGUUGUCACCGGCCUUCUAGCCACUACCGCUCCUCUUCUCAUCAUUCCAUUAGUUUUGUCUUUUUUUUUUUACACACACCUGGUUCAUAUCCCCUCAUCAGUCCUUGUAUAAGUAUUCCCUCUGCCCCCAAUGUCUUUGUGGGUGAUUGUUUCCAUGUGGAGGUGACGAUAGCUCAGUGGAGCAUUAUGUACAUUAUAUUUUGUUUUCCCCAGUGCGCCUUUAAGUCGCACUGUCGUUUUUUUACUCAUUGCUGCGAACCGCUGUAUUGGCCGAAUAAACCAUUAUUCUGGGAUUUACACCUACUGCGCCUGACUCCGUCCAAAUCAUCCGCUACACUGCUCCUGGGCCCUACCUCACCUUGUCACACCCACCAUAUUCUGCGCUGUUUUAAUAUUAUAUGCCCAUUGGAAGCAAUUAUGGUGACUGUAAGUGUAUUUAGACACAUCCUAUUUAAAACAAGUUGUUGUUACGUUUAGUUUAGUAUUCACUCUAUUUUUUGUGAAUUUAAUCUUGCUUAUUGAAAACAUUUGGCAUGUCCAUGCUCGGCCAUAAUGCAAUUAACAGUAGGCCUAGCCCCUAUGUAAGUGAGAAUGCUAUGUAUAUGUUUUAUUUUGAAGCCAUGCAAUUACUUACAACAAUGUGGACUGCAAACAGGUUCAAGUUAACAUAUUUAGAAAAGAUGGGAUAGGUCUACAUUUUGUUAUUUUGUUUCUGUAAGCUGUUUAACAAACUAUAACAGACUAACAUUGGAGUUGAUGCCAAGGCAAUACAUAAAAGACCAUAAGUACACAACUUGAAGCAACCAUAUACACUGCUAAAAAAAAGGGAACACUAAAAUAACACAUCCUAGAUCUGAAUGAAUGAAAUGAAUGAAUACUUUUUUCUUUACAUAGUUGAAUUUGCUGACAACAAAAUCACACAACAAUUAUCAAUGGAAAUCAAAUGUAUCAACCCAUGGAGGUCUGGAUUUGGAGUCACCCUCAAAAUUAAAGUGGAAAACCACACUACAGGCUGAUCCAACUUUGAUGUAAUGUCCUUAAAACAAGUCAAAAUGAGGCUCAGUAGUGUGUGUGGCCUCCACGUGCCUGUAUGACCUCCCUACAACGCCUGGGCAUGCUCCUGAUGAGGUGGCGGAUGGUCUCCUGAGGGAUCUCCUACCAGACCUGGACUAAAGCAUCCGCCAACUCCUGGACAGUCUGUGGUGCAACGUGGCGUUGGUGGAUGGAGCGAGACAUGAUGUCCCAGAUGUGCUCAAUUGGAUUCAGGUCUGGGGAACGGGCGGUCCAUAGCAUCAAUGCCUUCCUCUUGCAGGAACUGCUGACACACUCCAGCCACAUGAGGUCUAGCAUUGUCUUGCAUUAGGAGGAACCCAGGGCCAACCGCACCAGCAUAUGGUCUCACAAGGGGUCUGAGGAUCUCAUCUCGGUACCUAAUGGCAGUCAGGCUACCUCUGGCGAGCACAUGGAGGGCUGUGCGGCCCCCCAAAGAAAUGCCACCCCACACCAUGACUGACCCACCGCCAAACCGGUCAUGCUGGAGGAUGUUGCAGGCAGCAGAACGUUCUCCACGGCGUCUCCAGACUCUGUCACGUCUGUCACAUGUGCUCAGUGUGAACCUGCUUUCAUCUGUGAAGAGCACAGGGUGCCAUUUGCGAAUUUGCCAAUCUUGGUGUUCUCUGGCAAAUGCCAAACGUCCUGCACGGUGUUGGGCUGUAAGCACAACCCCCACCUGUGGACGUCGGGCCCUCAUACCACCCUCAUGGAGUCUGUUUCUGACCAUUUGAGCAGACACAUGCACAUUUGUGGCCUGCUGGAGGUCAUUUUGCAGGGCUCUGGCAGUGCUCCUCCUGCUCCUCCUUGCACAAAGGCGGAGGUAGCAGUCCUGCUGCUGGGUUGUUGCCCUCCUACGGCCUCCUCCACGUCUGCUGAUGUACUGGCCUGUCACCUGGUAGCGCCUCCAUGCUCUGGACACUACGCUGACAGACACAGCAAACCUUCUUGCCACAGCUCGCAUUGAUGUGCCAUCCUGGAUGAGCUGCACUACCUGAGCCACUUGUGUGGGUUGUAGACUCCGUCUCAUGCUACCACUAGAGUGAAAGCACCGCCAGCAUUCAAAAGUGACCAAAACAUCAGCCAGGAUGCAUAGGAACUGAGAAGUGGUCUGUGCUGCAAAACCAGUCCUUUAUUGGGGGUGUCUUGCUAAUUGCCUAUAAUUUCCACCUGUUGUCUAUUUCCAUUUGCACAACAGCAUGUGAAAUUUAUUGUCAAUCAGUGUUGCUUCCUAAGUGGACAGUUUGAUUUCACAGAAGUGUGAUUGACUUGGAGUUACAUUGUGUUGUUUAAGUGUUCCCUUUAUUUUUUUGAGCAGUGUAUUUACCAUGGCGCACGUUCUGAUUUGCCAGUGAGGGGCCAAGCCUUGACACACUCACAACUUGUUUAUUCAUCAAAACCAAGCCAACUGCGCUGAUAAUUGUGCUUGUGAAAAUAGCAAAAAUAUUUCUGACAUACCCCGAACCUAUCGCACUACCACCCAGCGCUUAGAAUGACCAUUGCGUUAGGUUUGUUAAAAUAGAGACAUAGAAGUGCAUAAAUCUUCCAUUGACAGAAAUAGUGAGGGCCAUUGCCUGUCUUACUCUCUCUACUUAACUUUAGAAAGCAACAAGGCUCCCUCUCCCUCCCCAGUAAUAUUAUUUGUAAUAUUAUCAGAAGAGUAAUUUAUUACCUAAAUAUUCCAAAAAGAUUUCCCUCUCAAGUUACUGAAGUGGAAAUAUGUAUGAACAUGCCUUGUUUUGAGAUUUACAAACCUGUCUUCCACUUUAAAUACAAUUCUUAAAGAUCCAUUAUUCAAAUGGUUUGUGUCCAAGUCAAAGGAAGAUAAUGUGUCCUCAUGAUUGCAACACAGCUGCAUCAAACAUGCUGUGCCCCAAACAUGAACCAUACUCUUUAAUGGGGAAUUUAGAGAUGGAUAAAUAAUAGUCCUCUGACUCGCCAUCACUACUCCCUGGAUACUCAUUCAUGUAUGAUGCCGCAUUAGGCAAUUUUCUUUACUUAUGAAAUUAUAACGUGUUAUACUGUGAUUAAAACUUCCAAAGAUACACACCAUCCUAUUUAGUUUUAUUGCUAAAUGCUCUGCUUGCGUCUAUGUGCUAGUGCAGUGAGGCAUGUGUUAAACUCAGUACAUUACAAAUGUAGUUUGCCAGCAUAUGGCUUGGUUCAGGGUUCUAUAACUAAGUUCAUUUUAACCUCAUCAUGUGAAUACUGCAUAUGCCUUGCUACAGACGGGGAGCAGAAUUACUUCUGAACAUAUGCAUUUUGUCUUGCAAAAAUUGUAGAGAAGGUGGCUUCUCAUCAACAAGGUCAGGAUGUGUUGUGGUGUAGUACUGGUACCCUAACAAGCAUGCCAAUCAACCAGGGCACAAUUGGUUGGAUUCCUCUUGCCAAUGCCAAGGCCAAAAUUCCAAUGCUGUGUUUCUGGCUAGUACUCGAGUGCUACAGUGUCGGAUUCUAAUCAUGAUUAAAAAGCAAGGAUGAAAAUCAUCCGAUACUUAAGAGUGGCUCUUGAGGAACAUAAUUUGGUAAUGCCUGGGGCUAGCCCAAAUGAGCCUUGAUGUAACUUUCUCUGCAAAGGGAUUUAGAAGUUUUAGAGAGUAUGUAGACCCUGAUCAUUAUGCUGCUGUGUAACAUGACUGUUGGUUGAGGCAUGGUGCUUGCAACACCAUGGUUGAAGGUUUGAUUUUUGCAUGGGCUACAGACUGAACAUAAAUGUGUUAAAUAAAUGUAAUUUUCAAUGUAUACUUUUUUUGGGUGCAAAAUUACAAUAUAACAUAACAUGCUGCUACUUCUGUGCAGGCACAGUUCUGGUGGAGAAUAUGCAGAUCAACGGGAGAGCAGAAGACCCAGGCAGGACCAUCUCUCUGACCCUGCUGGACAACUAUGCCCACUGGGUCAUCCUGGACCCCCUCAGACAGAGACUGUUCCUCAACAGCACUGGACGUGUCCUGGACAGAGAUGUGAGUAUGGACCCGGCCCCAGGUUGGGUUGGGAUACUGUAGUUUGUGGAGGCAAAGGGUCUUGCUAAGAUAUGCUUACAAACACAAGCAUAGACAUACAGUGCUGUGAAAAAAUAUUUGCCCCCUUUCUAAUUUUCUCUACUUUUGCAUGUUUUUGAUACUGACUGUUAUCAGAUCUUCAACCAAAACCUAAUAUUAGAUCAAGGGAAUCUGAGUGAACAAAUAACACAACAAUUGCAUACCUUUUUCAUUUAUUUCAUAAACAAAGUUAUGUAACACCCAAUGCCCCUGUGUAAAAAAGUAAUUGCCCCCUUACACUCAAUAACUGGUUGUGCCACCUUUAGCUGCAAUGACUCCAACCAAACACUUCCUGUAGUUGUUGAUCAGUCUCUCACGUCACUGUGGAGGAAUUUUGGUCCACUCUUCCAUGCAGAACUGCUUUAACUCAAUGACAUUUAUUUUCAAGCAUGAACUGCUCAUUUCAAGUCCUGCCACAACAUCUCAAUUGGGAUUAGGUCUGGACUUUGACUAGGCCAUUCCAAAACUUCAUAUUUGUUGGUUUUUAGCCAUUAUCAUAUAAACUUGUUUGUGUGUUUUGGAUCUACUGAGUUAAAGUGCUUUGGAGCAGUGUGACAAUCUAUUUUUCUACAAUAAUUGCAUAAUCUGCAGUUUAUUGAUCGGUUUAUUGAUUGAUAAAUUGGUUGAUUUACUGUUUCUCUUUUUCUCCCUUUCUCUUUUCUCCUUCUCUCUUUCUUUCUUUCUUUCUUUCUUUCUUUCUUUCUUUCUUUCUUUCUUUCUUUCUUUCUUUCUUUCUUUCUUUCUUUCUUUCUUUCUUUCUUUCUUUCUUUCUUUCUUUCUUUCUUUCUUUCUUUCUUUCUUUCUUUCUUGCCCUUAGCCCCCCUCAUAUAUCUCUACUAUCGUGGUGAAGGUCCAGUGCACCAAUGAGCUGGUUGGGACAGUGAUUCUCCACGAGGUCCGCAUUGUUAUCAGGGACAAAAAUGACAACACGCCUCGCUUUCAACAGCAGCACUACUAUGUAGCCAUCAACGAGGUGAGAGUUACUACAACAAAUAUUGCUUUUUUCUUUAGUGAGCAUUUCUUUAUACAUUCAACCUGAUUCCUCAAAUGAGGUUUGCAAGUCAUCAUGACCCUUCCAACAGAGGUCAACAAAGCCCAGAGGCCUUACAGAAAGUGACUCCUAUACUGACUACUGUAGUAGCAAUUAUGUAGUAAAUUCACACUUCAUUCUUUGAAUACAAAGAAAGGUCAAGGUUUGGUGAUAAUUUAAAUUAAGGACCUACCUGAUUAAAGAGUCAAAGCAUUUUUGAUGUAGGCACAGUGAAAUAGAGUGUAGACUACUCUGCAGCAACAGGAGGAUUCUGCACUGGGUUCCCCCAUGUUAUUUCUCUCUGUUUCUAUUUCUCCAUCUCUCAUUAUUUUGUUGUUAUGCCUUCGGCACGGAGACAGAGUAAAACAUAACAACAGCUAUUAUACGCAUGUUAGGUAGCAGCUUCCCAGGAUAAUAAAACAAUAGCAGAUCCUCAGAUCUUCAGAAUAUCUGUUAUUUCUCUGGUGCAUGAAAUUGCUCUGACACAUGGACAGUGGCACGCUAGUUUGCAUGUUCCCAGUAAAUCAUGGGAUUGCUGUCUGUGUGCUCUCCAUGAUAUAGAUGUCAUAGAUGUCACAUAGAUGUCACCAUAUUCCCUGUGUGCACCCGAAAGCUCAACAAUGAUGCUUUUGACUAACAACAUCAGCUCUGUAUGUGUGUGUGUGCGCGUGUGCUUGUACAUGCGCAUGUGUGUAAUACUACAUGUGAAUCUAUGUGCUUUUGUAUGUGUGUGUGUGAGUGUUUUUCUAUUUGAUUUAAGACAAAGUGAUAGCUGUGUGAGUCAAUUCUCUCGUUACCAGUCCAGACAGAGAGCACAGUGGAAUAUCAAAUGCUAUUUUGUGUUAGGCAUCACUGUGUUUAGAAUUCUAAAAUCUGUUUUAGCAAAAUCAGUCAGUGAUAUCUACAUCUAUAUCUACACCUAUACAAAUUUGCUUUAACAAGCUGUUAACUACCCAUAUCAAACAAGGAUUAUUUUGACUGAAACUUGCAUUUUGACCAAAAGGUCUGUAGAACCGAACAAGCAAAUUAUGUGUAUAUUUGCAUACUCCUUUGAAGAUUGAUUUUAAUCUCCUACGUUUGAAGAUAUAACUCAUACUGAAAUUACCAUGGUUCUCCUACAUCAUAGAUCCCAGCUGUCAGAUAAAAAUAGAAGUUAUAGUUUAAUACAUUUAAUUUCAUAUUGAGUGUCACUGACAAAUACGCUAGUUCUUUCUGUUUGUCUCUUUUCCUAAAUGUCAUCACUGUACAACUACAUUACGUUAAUGACACUAGACAUUUGAGAUGUCUUAUUAUUUCAGCUAGCAAAACCUGAUUUUGACAUGACACCUGUAUCGAGGGGCUCAGAGUCAGACACUGUGUUGUCUAGAGUAGACAAUCAUGACUGUUGUCUCCUUUGUGGACACUUCCUUUGUUUUAUGUACUUCACACUGAGGGUAUGUUAUCCCAGGAAACACUACUCCCUGAACAGCUUUCUGAGUCAGACACCGCUGCUGUCAAACUGCUCCUGAACUGAGCUGAACUCCCCUCGAGGCCCCUCUCUCUCCAGCAUCUCUCUGAGAGGUUGUUAUGGCUGUCAGUGGGGUGCAGAGGCCCCCAGAGAAACACUCAUUCAUUGCUGCUGACGACAAUGUUUUCAGUUCAAAUCAGUUAAUUAAUUCACUCUUUCUAUAGCAUAACAACAAAGGUCUAAACUUCUAACACUUCUGGCAGUAUUUGGCCAUCUUCUAUAGAAGACACACUGUGUCCCUGUGAUCUUGGGAGGGGUAGUAAUUUCUGUGAGAUGUAACAUAGAGCUGUUACAAUGUCCAGACAGAGUGACAUGCCUGUUGACAGUUUGCUCUCUUUAUCUCUGCCUCCAGCUCACUCCUGCCGGAACCAUCAUAUUUACAGGCUUCGGUGGAGACAAUGGGGCCACAGACAUCGAUGAUGGGCCUAACGGACAGAUAGAAUAUGGCAUCCAGUACAACCCCAACGACCCA